GCGUCGUCGACCAGCCGACGAGGACGUGGACCCACGCGUGGGUUGAUUUUACAGCGACUUACGCGUGAGGGUAGGGUGACGGUAGAGUUCCCACAGGACUGCAUUAGACCUGUUGGGAACAAUGUCAUGUUGUUUACGUCGAAGGUCGGUGUCUUAUGCCAAUCUCUGAUCCCCCCACCACUCCCCGUUGGGGGGACGUGACAGAUGAUGUGCGGCAGCUCAUCCGUCAGCGCUUUCAGGAUAAAUUUGACUUGGAUUUGAGUGUUCCGCACAUCUCUCAUGUUGUCGACGACAUGAUGAAGGAGCGGUUCAAGGAUUACCGCAGUAAGUUACACUGGCAAUACAAGCGGUGCAUGAGCCACGAGGAGGCUGUACAGUCCGCACCGCUGCACGUGACCGAUGGGGACUGGUGGAUACUCUGCGAUAGGUUUUCGUCUGAUUCUUUUCAGAAGAGGAGCAAAAUAAAUUCUGACAAUAGAGGAAAGUUAGAAGUGAACCACGUAGCUGGUUCAAAGUCAUUUGUACGACUUCGUCACGACAUGCGAGAUUCCGUCACUGGCCAGGAGCCCAGACCAGUAGACUUCUACAAAAGGACUCACUGUCGGCAGGCGAUGGGAUCUUGGGUACAUCCUAGAGCCACCGAGAUUUGGGAGGAGAUGAACACCUUACGCAGUCAGCCCACUCCCGAUGGUACUCAGCGGAGUGAGCCAGAGAUCCUGAGUCAGGUGCUUGGCAUCCGUUCUGGAUAUGUGCGUGGGUUUGGCCAUGGUGCCAAGCUCAUGGCACCCGCUAAAGCUGCCUCCAGCCGAUCCAUCGUCGUUGGCGACAGCGCCGUACGCCGAGCUGAUACUGCAGAGAGAGAGGUUCAGCAGUUACGGGUCGUCGUCGAUGACAUCAAAGAUCAGCUGGACAGACAGAGGGAGGAGCAGGAGAGGAGGAUAGAGGAGCAGCUGGCAAGGCAGAGGGAGGAGCAGGAGAGGAGGAUGGAAGAUUAG